GAAGCGUUUCCGGCAGGCUGGCUGCAUCCCGCUGCGGGCUUCGAGCGCCCCGGGAGCGGAGCGGCGUCAGCAAUUGCUUUGUUCAGUGAGGAGGGUGAAGCCCAGCAGCUCAUUGGCCAUUCAAGCAGCUGCACUGAUCUGGAGGCCUGCUUCUGGCAUUCUGCACUGAACUAAGGCUCUUCAUGUUCAAAUGAAGAAACUUUCUUGGAAAUCUUUCUUCGUUUCUUCAUUGUGACCUGAGAGUGCCAGAGCCGAGGUACAAGGGACUUGGUUCCAGUACAGACUUUCCACUGGUGAGCUGGUGAGACUGAGCGUUUCGAUCUGUGCUGGGAGCAGCUGACAGCGCGGGGAUGUGCUGACGGCAUUAUGGGCAGGCGCUACCCAGGGGCUCACUAUCGGCCAAGCAACUCGUUCGAUUCCGGUGUGGACGCGCUGGCAGUGUUUAUGGCAAGCAGCAGCACGACAGACGUGGUGAAUCGCAACGGCCCUGCCACGCCGCCCAACACCCUCAGCCUGCGCUCCUCUCACAACGAGCUGCUGAACGCUGAGAUCCGGCACACCGAGAGCAAGAACAGCACUCCUCCGAAAUGCAGGAAGAAGUACGCGCUGACUAACAUCCAGACAGCCAUGGGCCUCUCAGACCCGGCAGCGCAGCCCCUCCUGGGGAGCAGCUCUGCCAAUAUGAAGCUGGUGAAGAAUGGAGAAAACCAGCUGAGGAAAGCUGCUGAGCAAGGCCAGCAGGAUCCCAACAAGAACCUCAACACCACGGCUGGCGUCAGUGUGACUUCUGAGAAGUUUGAAGGCAAAGAGCCGAUCCCACAGGACUCCUCCAGCUGUGAAAUAUUGCCCUCACAGCCCAGGAGGACCAAGAGCUUCCUGAAUUACUAUGCAGACCUGGAGACAUCUACCAGAGAGCUGGAGCAGAGCUUUGCUGCAAUGGAAGAUAAAUCUGCACAAAACAACAGCCAGGCUUCCACCAUUAUUGUCAAUGGGGAAGUCUUGCCCCGGAAGCAAAACAAGCAGUCAAGCCCAGAGGAUGGCCAAACUGCCACAGUGUCCUCGAGUCCUGAGACUAAGAAGGACCAUCCCAAAACGGGGGCCAAAACAGACUGCGCACUGCACAGGAUUCAGAACCUGGCUCCAAGUGAUGAGGACUCCAGCUGGACUACACUGUCCCAGGACAGCGCUUCGCCGAGCUCUCCUGAUGAAACAGCAGAUAUAUGGAGUGAUCAAUCAUUUCAGACAGACCCAGACUUACCACCUGGAUGGAAAAAAAUCAAUGAUAUUGCUGGAAUCUAUUACUGGCAUAUACCUACGGGAACAACUCAGUGGCAACGUCCUGUGUCUGUUCAAACAGAUCUUCAGGGCUCAAGGAAAGGCUCACUUGGUUCCAUUACUCCAUCUCCUACUCCAGAAACUGAGAAACAGCCAUGGAGUGAUUUUGCUGUACUGAAUGGGGGAAAGAUUAAUAGUGACAUUUGGAAGGACCUGCAUGCAGCCACUGUGAACCCAGACCCAAGUUUGAAAGAGUUUGAAGGAGCCACAUUGCGCUAUGCCUCCUUGAAGCUCAGAAAUGCUCCACAGUCUGAUGAUGAUGAUUCUUGUAGCAUCAACAGUGAUCCAGAAGCCAAGUGCUUUGCUGUGCGCUCUCUGGGCUGGGUAGAAAUGGCAGAAGAAGAUCUUGCUCCUGGAAAAAGUAGUGUUGCUGUGAACAAUUGCAUUAGACAACUCUCUUACUGUAAAAAUGACAUCAGAGACACCGUUGGCAUUUGGGGAGAGGGCAAAGACAUGUACCUGAUAUUGGAAAAUGACAUGCUGAACCUGAUCGACCCUAUGGAUCGUACAGUUCUUCAUUCACAGCCCAUAGUGAGCAUCAGAGUUUGGGGAGUGGGUCGUGACAACGGCCGAGACUUUGCAUAUGUGGCAAGAGACAAAGACACCAGAAUUCUGAAAUGUCAUGUGUUUCGAUGUGACACGCCAGCAAAAGCCAUCGCCACAAGUUUACACGAGAUCUGCUCAAAGAUUAUGGCUGAACGGAAGAAUGCUAAAGCUAUGGCUUGCAGUUCAAUGCAGGAGAGGACAAACGUCACCCUUGAUGUUCCUCUGCAAGUAGAUUUCCCAACACCAAAGACAGAGCUGGUGCAGAAGUUCCACGUCCAGUACCUGGGAAUGCUACCUGUAGCUAAACCUGUGGGAAUGGAUACCCUGAACAGUGCUAUUGAAAGUCUGAUGGCUUCCUCUAGCAAGGAAGACUGGAUGCCAGUUACCAUGAAUGUUGCUGAUGCUACUGUCACAGUCAUUAGUGAAAGAAAUGAAGAGGAAAUCGUGGUGGAAUGUCGUGUGCGAUUUCUGUCCUUCAUGGGAGUAGGCAAGGAUGUUCAUACAUUUGCCUUCAUUAUGGAUACAGGAAACCAGCAUUUUGAGUGCCAUGUGUUUUGGUGUGAACCAAAUGCAGGCAAUGUAUCAGAAGCUGUUCAGGCUGCUUGUAUGUUACGGUAUCAGAAGUGCUUGGUGGCCAGACCUCCUUCGCAGAAAGUUCGGCCUCCCCCACCGCCUGCAGAUUCGGUGACCAGGAGAGUCACAACCAACGUAAAGAGAGGAGUGCUGUCCCUCAUUGACACUUUGAAACAGAAACGCCCAGUCACCGACAUGCCGUAGCUGCGUAAGAGAGAAGAUUCUCCUAACAUUUAACUGCAGAUAACAGUAGCUACACUAAGGGAAAUGAACUGAUGGUGUUUGGCCUUCCAUUCCAAAUCGCUGAUGCUUUGUCUUAAGAGAAUUUAUCCAUAUCAAAACAAUGCUAGACAAGCAUGUUAUCUCGUUCUUGCCACCAUCGUUUGAUAUGAAAAGAAGCAUGAAUAAUUUUUUUCCUGUCAGUAAGUUACAUCAUGAGCAAUGGAAGGUCUGUUUGACUGUAAAUAAGUAAACAUUACCUGAACUCACACAAAGAAAGAGUAUGGCCACGUCCUUCCUAGUGAACUCGUGCUAAAGUCCUUGGAGUGAAUGACGCUUGAGUUGAUAGUUUCACCAUCUUGAGCUGGAUUUGUCACAAACCAAUCUUAAGUCCUACAGCACUUUGGUUCUCAACACUGGAGUAGAUACCAAGGAUCAGCUACCAUUGAAUUACUGCAGAUUAAAUACCAAGUUUUUUAUUUUUUACAGAACUAACCUGUUAAUUUUAAAUUGUUUGUCAGCAUUGGUCUGCCUGACACUCAUGUGAAUCGUUGUCAUUUGAUCUCUGUUUGUACAUCACAGUUGUAGACAGAAAUUGUUUGAUACCAAACCAGUGCUGAAAAAUCUGGGAGUGUUUUCUGUAAUUGAGUACAGGGUGAUCCAUUGAAGCUUUUCAUCUUUAAACAUACAGAUGCACGUGUUGGAUGCUAAAUGUGUCAUCCCAAAUUGUCAUUAAUUGAUCAAAAAUACUGUUUGUUCCACAUAGAGCUCACACUGACCAGGAAAGAGUUAGUCAGCAGUUUUACUGUCUUAAAACUCUCACAGAAGCAAAAAUGUUACAGAUGUUUUCUAUAUGAGUGUUUGAUCAAAUGUUCCAUUCAGUGUUGGGUUGCACUACUCCCCCUCUGAGUUUGCUGCUAAAUGGUUGUUAGCAUGCCACAAAAAGAGCAAUCGUGUUUCUGAAUUAUUUACUAAGUUCAAUGGAAAUUCUUUUAGUGGUCUGUGACAAAAUCAUGAGAGUUGUUUUCUAACAGGAUGUUGUCGCAAGUGGGACAACUUCAUGUCAAUGCUUUUGCUCCAAAGGUCUCCUGUAAUAGCCUUGAUCCACACAACUGCAGAUUCUGACAAAGUCAGCACAGUAAUGCCCCUUUAAAAUUUUGUCUUGUACUGAUCUUCAAAUGCAGCUUCGUCUUUCUCUCUUUGCCAUCUUCUGUUUAGACCUGCAGAUUGGUACAAAUUUUGGAAAUGGAGCAUAAAAGAUAUUUUUAACUAAUGUUAAAAAUGUUUUGCCUGCAUUUAUAUAUAUGUUCCAAACUGUAUCUGUCUCCCAAAUCUGCAAAUUUGGUCAUGCUGUAAUUUCAGAAGGACAUUGUCAACGUUGUUUUUACAAGAACCAUUUUUUUUACUUUACUGUGCCAGAGAUUGUUAUAAACAAGAUUGUUAUGAGCAAAUAAUGAUUUUUUUUUUUCUUAUUUUAAAAAGUCAACAGCAAUACCUGGACAAAACAUGUUAAGAAUACAAGGGGAAAGAGUGAUGAUUCAGGAAAUGCCUUUAUUAGAAAUGUAGAAGAAUUAUUAAAACACAUUUAGCCUGAUGUAUGAGCGAAUGUAGUGAAGGCUAGCCAUGCAGCUGUAAUAUUCUAAAUGGAGUUCUUCAGAAUACCUUCUAAGGAGCUGAUCCUGCACUAUGUUCAAGAAAUGUUUAGAUGUUGUCCUGAGGGACAUGUUUUAGUGGGAAAUGUUGAUAGGUGGAUGGUUGGACUGGAUGAUCUUAGAGGUUCUUUCCAACCUUGGUGGUUCUAUGAUCUCAAACCUCUGCGUAAUAGAAUUUUUGCACCCUGGGCAGUGAGGUAAUUUUGUCCCAUCCCAAGUCUCACGUUCCUGCUGCUUGGAACCAGCUCCAUUGCUUGUGCAGUUGGAGGAGAGAAGGCCAGUCUGCAUAACGUGAGUAAACUCCAAAAUUGAUCCAGCUGGCCAUGUGGCUGUGCAGAUGACAGGGAGAGCAGGAGGGGAGGUGAGGCAAACCCUCCCCUUUCAGCAGUAGCAACCUUUGAACUGCCCAUGAAGCCAGAUUUUGAAGUGUGGAGAUGACAGAUUGUGUACUGGCUUAGUCCUGUUUCUCCAGGUUCUAGUGCUGAUCCCACUUAAGUCUGAUGGGAACAGUGUAAAAAAAAAAAAUCGCUUCCUCUCGUGGCUGCUGUCAAAAUGCAGUGUCUCACAACGUCGCUAAGCGAGAUCAUGAAUUUAAAGGAUGUUUCCUUGUUAAUCAGAAAACUACUGAAUCCAACUUUGUUUUAUAUACUGAAAAUAUUUUGACAGCAUCUUUCUUUUUAAAGUUCCAGGUGGAAACUCCAGGAUUUUUAUUUGCUUUACAACAAAGAAUGUUUAACAGUAUAAUCGAGUUCAGUAGCGUUGUCUACACAGUGCUGCUUUUCCCCAAGAGAGAAACAGUCCAAGUUUAAACCAAACCAACACUUGGGAAACAGCAGUGUAAAGGUAAGAGGCUGUGUCAGGAGUCUUUACACAUCUGUGUUGACAAGGCUCUGAACACAGAGUUUUCACUGGUAAAAAUGUGCCACUGCAGGAAGGGCUGAGGGAAAAGAGAGAGAAAAGUAUUUGAAAAGCUGUAGGUCCCCUGGAUUUCUUGUCUGUUACCAAAAUGCUGUUGAUUUUGCAAAUAAUUAAGUAGUUUGCUUAAUGGGCCAAAAUGUUUGGCCUUUUGGCUUCAGUAGAACCCUGAGUUUCUAAAAAGUGUUAAAUAUACACCCAGGUGUUUGUAGAAUCAACACCUAAAAUUGCAGAGCUCGUUGUCUUUUAUCAAACAAUGUACUGAGGCACUCUUUAACCAUGGCUAAAAAUGUGUGUAUGGCAUACACGUGUCUGAGUAACUACCACUGUUUUAUUUGAUGUUGUAGCAACCCUUCAGUUAUCUAUGCAUUUUUUAUAAUACCCAGCGAUUCUGUAAGCAGGCAGCCAUGCAUUCACUAUGCCUUGUAUGUCUGAUGCCAUAUUUUAAAUUAACCUGUUAAAUACAGCUUAAAAUAUUUUUAUUUUAUUUAUUCUAUUUUUACUGAAAUAUCCUGCAUUAUGAUGUCGAUGUAUUGUCUUUACUGGACGUGAUCUUGUAACGUUCUCUAUGCUGUAUACUAUAGGUUGCCUAAAAAAAGGCAGCUUUGUAAUUAUUUGUAGUCACAUUUUUAUUGAAGUCUGUAGAAAAAUCAUGUAAAGCGAAGCUAAUUUCUUAUUUUUUUCAAUGCAAGUAGAAACUAGAGGUAAGUAUCACACAUCACACGUCAUUAAUGCGCUCCCUUGCAGAAGCAAGGAGAUUUAUAUUCACCAUCAAAAAUGAGAGAUAAAAGCCUUUCUUUUGAAAUCCGCAGUGCUGGCUGUAGGUUUUCUUUAAGUCACUGUUUGUUUCACUUGAAGGGAGGAGAGAAGAGGUGUGGGAGGUACAAGGCUACAGAGACAACUAUGGGGACUUUAAAUAAGAAUAACAAAAAUUGCACAGAAGCGGCCUAGGACCAACUCACAAUAACACUGUGCAUGGAGAUACCUGUGCCUGCUGAAGCAACAUGCCCUUUUGUGACAGGAAGAGAGGCUCUGGAGUGUCUGGCAGCUUAUUCCAGGUCAGGUCUGCGUCAUUUCCUAAGAGUUCUGCAUCCUUUUAUUUUUAGUCUUAUCAAGUAUUUCAUAGAUGAUUAUUUUAUUAGUGAUGUACAACUGUUUGUAAAGCACCCAUGCAAAACAGUGCUUUUUUAUUUCAGCAGCUCAUGUGGGUUCAGCCUUAAAUGCCAUUAUUCCUUCCUUGGGCAAGUUAAUUCAUAUGUUGCUAAAAACUUGUGCUGCACAGUCAGCAGAAGUAGGUGGACCCACACCUACUGGUUAUUAGCAGAGCUCAGCCUUGCAUAGAGCACCCAGUUGAUGCUGAAAAGUGCAAUUUCCCCUGCUGUUGUCCACUUCUACACAUCUAAAUGUAAUCUACUCUGAGAAUAAAUUUGGCUGCAUAAAAUGAUUGUCUCAACUGUUGCUGGUCCAUGGAACUGGGAAAUUCUUUCUUUUCUUGUUCCAAAUUGAGGGAAGGGAAAAAUAUAUGAUGGCUGUUUAGAGGCAGUAGCAGUGCCAUGGAGGUUUUUGUAUGUAUCAAACUGAAUCAGUGGCUUCUAGUUGAAAAUUACAAAUAUUUAAGUGGAAUACUGAGAACUAGUUAUGUAUGAUACUUCACUUUAUUUUUAAAAAGUGUUUAAUUGAGCAUUCAGGCUCCUAUCCACAAGCCAUUUGAAGUCAGUAUCAGAUGUUGCCAGCAGGUGAUAUUCGGUGCUCACCAAGCAAGCUGGUAAACCUGCUGAACUAACAUCUUCCCUGCUAGCUCUUCUGUAUUCUUGGUAAGAUACCAAGGUCACCACUUGUUUGGUCUCCGUAACAUCUGAAGGACUCAGCUCCCUCAAAACAAGAUAAAAGGCCAAGUGUGGAACAUCACAUGUAAGCCCAAAGCAUGUUCAUUUUGGAGUCAUUUUAAUCAAUAUUUAGUAAAUGAGAGACACUGGGCUCUAUUUUUAAAAAUAUGCAAGUUCACUUCUCUAAUUUAAGAAUCUCUUAAGCUUCUUUUAGGCAUUUAACAACCAUAUUAAAAAACAAACAAACCCUUCUUUCCAUUCCUUUUGUCUAUUAUGUAGAAUCCUCCUUGAAGGUGGUUUGAAAGAAUGUGGGAUUCUUAGUUUUUGUUCCAGUUCUAUACAUUGCAAACAAACAGGUCUAGGUAAGUAUGUUCAGAAACAAAAACAGAGCUUUUCCUUUUAUUGGACCAGGUGAGGAGCGUAGGUUACUCACAGCGAUGUACUGCAGGUGAGUGAUACCUCUGAGUACAACAGGUGACUCUGGUUAAAAACAUGAGCAGAAUUUUUCACUGAUUCAGUGGAGUAGUAGUAUUUAUCUGAUGAAGAAGGAGCAGUUCUCUGUGCCAAUGAUAUAACACAUCCCUUCUUCUAAAGCUUGUUCGUCUACGUUGGCUGAUGUGGACAGGAAGAAAAUAAAGAUAUUAAAACAUUUUCUCUGCAUGGGUCUAAAUCCUUAAGAUUCCAUAUCAUAUUGCUGACACUUGGCGUGUUUACAUUCAAUAAACUCUUAUCAACUGUCAUAACGAACAGUUGCUAACAAUUCCUGAAUUACUUUUUCUGUUCAUACUGCCCAUAUUUAGUACUAAGUCACUUAUUACAUUGUGCUCAGACAAAUGUAGAUAUUCACCAUUUAUUCUGCAUUUGUUAGCAACAGGGAACAGGUUAGGUUCCCACUGCUGAUUUCUCAGCAGUGGAAAACUUAUUCAGUCCUUGUGUUCAGUCAUUAUUCAAAUAAAUAGUUACACUAUUUAUAAAAAUAACUUAGAUAAUAGCAGCUUAUCUGAUGUGAAAAGAGCUGCGUUUUGGUUGAUGUUACUAAAAAUACUGAAUUGACAUGAUAAUGCAUCGUAAUAUUUAUAUAGUUUCCCCUUAUAAUAUUUUUAAGCACCUGUAAGUGGAAACCAAAGGAAUUAAUACUGGAAAGCCCAUGGGUUCAAAUGUACUUGGCCAGCUGUUUGUAGAAAAAUUCACAUCCAGCUUGAGAGAUAAAACUGAACUAGCUUACUAUGCAAGGCUUAGUUUCUGUGUGUCACAGCCCAAAAGGUAAUUUACAAAAACGGUGUGCUGUAACUUGUCAUUUUAAAGUCUAUAGCAAAUAGCUGCAGUAUUUUUCACCUGACUCCCCCAGUGGACUCCCCCCGCCUUACACAACUGAGCUGUAUUUACUUUAAAAUGUAAUUUUUGGUUUUAAAUGGCUAACAUAGCUACUUCCAUGCAAAUAUCUGAGAAUUAGUCUCACAGUAAGACUGUAGUGAAUAAAGGUAUAUUGCAAUCUACGUGCGUGAAUAAAUACAUACAGGAAUCUUUACCUUUUCUAAAAAGCUAGGGGAAAGUUUGAAGAUUCUUACAGCCCUGAUUGAGAAUUUCUGAGCACUGUUGGUUUGACUACUUUAGACACAGGUGGAGGAGGUUCUCUGUCCCUCAAGCUUCUAUUCCUCUGUCUGGACUGGAGCAGAGAGAUAUGAGCUGGCAUCCUGUGUUGGUUUCCUUGCGGAUGUCCAUAUGGUGAUAUCAUUGGAGGAAAAACUAUUUCCACUAGCUUCACUGCCACCAUUUUUUUACAUUCUGCACGUGGCUUUCUAACUUGUGUCUGCUUUCUGUGCACCUUGACAACAGAUGUGUGCUUUGGCACUUUAGAAACACCUGUGUCUGAAGCUGGGUUGAUGGUAGGUUUCUUCAGCUGAAUGUGACCUCUUGGUUGGUUGGAAUUCUUUUUUUUUCGUUUGCUUUCAACUUUGGAUACUACAACUGCAGCUUUCCUGUUAGAUACAGCUUUAGGGUGAGGGACCGCAGCAGUCUUUGGCUCUAUGCGAGUAUGAGUAGCAUCACUUCCAUGUUGUGCUACUUUCCCUUGCUUCUCUUCUUCCUUUGAUUUACCUAGAGUGCUGUCUAGUAGUAGUCCUUUUGCUGCAGCUUGAGACAAAAUAUCUUUAGCGGACACAUUUUUGGAAGAGUCUGUCUGCAAAUUUCAAAGGAAGGAAUAAUAAAUUGAGGAAACAGCUGUAAAGUCAAUUCAGUAAGCUCACAUUCCUCAAUAUCUACUCCACAAGAAAGGCAUGGCAGAAUCACUGUUUGCUCAAUAAAUAAAGGCCCUGACUGUUGUGUUAAGUGCUGUCUGAACAUUUGCUCUUCCAGAGACUUUGCCCUCUGUGGUCCAGAAGAGGGAAAAUGAGUUCUGGACUUCGGUAGACAAAUGUCUGCACAGCAUGAUUAUUUAAACCUUGUGGGCUUGGAAAGCCCCUCCCCCCUUUUUGGUGAAAAAGCUCUACUUCUCUCAGCCACAAGAUGAAAAGCUUGACACUCAAACGCAAAUCAUCCUUCUAAGGUCUUUCCUCAGGAAAUCAUGCUAAGGCUUUUCUGUUUACUCAGCAAAGUUUCCCUGCCUUUCAGCCCAGAUUUGCAUAUAACUUAGUUUAGAAAGGAAACAUUCCUAUCCAUUUAAUACAAGUUGUAAUGCAGUCUUAAUCCAUGCUGGUGACACUGCCUGCUUGCAUACUGGCACAUCCUGAUGAUACAUACAGACCUAACCAAUAACUUCACUAGACACCACUUAGAACGAAUCUAAUCCCAAGCUGUCUAGCUCAUUCCAAGGUUUGAUACAAACGUUUCCUCCUAAAUAUUCCUUGCACAGACGUAGAUAAAGAGAUUGCUCUGACCACAACUGCUCCAAAACGAAAGUACAUGUAGAAAAGCUGUGCUCAGCCUAAAACAUUCUGCACAUUUCAAUGGAAAGUACUUCUAGAAAAGCUGUAGCUUUGCUCACCAACUCUUCGGUCUGUUCAAGAAAUCUUAAAAAUUAAUUAUUUUCACGUGUUCCAUUUAUGUAUUCGUUUUAUGGAAAAUGACAAUUGUUCUCUUCUGUGAUUUUAAAUUUUAGUUUUCUUACCUCUCUUGCUAUAACAGCCAGAAAACAGCCGCUGGAAAUUUCCGAUGGUUCUAUUUUGAAAAAAGAAUCAGUGCAGGACUCUGGGUUGGAGCAAGCAGGAAGAGCAGGAGGAAUCAGUCUGACAAAAAGAAAGAAAUGACCAAGAGAUAAUAACAUACAAGGAAAAAAAAAACACGGAUACGUUAAAAGUGAUUUGUAAAGCAUGUCUUGCAAAUGAAAGUUUUAUAAAACCUAUCUUCAUUCUUUUUUAAAAAGAAGGGCUAAUCAAGACAUGAGAAUUAAUCUUUUGAGAGUUAUUUUCAAUAUUAAAUUACAUUAACCACCAGAUAACGAAUCUAUAUCAACAUAAUUAAGAGUUGCAUUCUUUCUUGAGUCUGCCAUAGCUGGAUAAUCGAGUUGUCCAGGAACAUGAGAAUGCUCUGAAGGCACUCAGCAGUACAUAGAAAUUAUGAAGAGGUUGACCUUGAGUCAAUAACUGUAUGCUCUUAAUAAAUAAUUUAGGUAAGCUAGAUAUCCUAUUUGCCAUACUCAACUACCAGGGCUCCAGUUGUUUUUUUUUUUCAAUUUACUGUUUUGUGAUGCAUCAACAAGGCAGGAAGGAAGGAAGUCUCCUUUUCCCACAUUCCCCCUACACGCCAGCAAUUCCCAGCUGUUACAAAACAGACGGCAGUGAUUUGGUUCAUAAGGCCAAGAACAAGUCUGUCACAAGACAGAAGAGUAUCUGUGAUGAUCCCAAAGGACAUUUAAUCAGCACGACUUGUUUCUUUCAGAGCUGCUAUAUUCUGAGCACAAGUGGUCAGAAUUUUUCACUGGGUUCUGUAUUUCUAGUAAAUCGAGUUACCUCGUGCUAAGAGAAAUGCAUGAGGAACGAUGAUAAGGAAUACUUACAUAAGGAAAGCUUGAGCUUUCACCUUAAGCAUGAUCACACUGUAUCUCAUUUAUGGUAUUCUGUUACUGCUUUGUCUACACUGGUUGCCAGCACCUUCAUGGUACCGGGACAAAAAUCCAAGAUCUGUGCAUAACAGUGAAGGAUGAGCUAAUUCUAGAAUCAUCAUUUAUGAAGUUCCACCCAUCCUCAGCCACAAAAUUGCUGAGUUUUGCAAAAAAUUCCAAUGCACUUUUACGUUACCUAUUAUCUGUGAUCAUCCAGUAUUUCAAAGCAAAAGUGUGAUGUGGUGCUAUGACAAGUUUCAUGAUAUUUCUACAGAACACUGAAGAGGUUUUAGGAUUUCUGAGAAAUUUUCUUAUGGGAGGUUUUUUGUCUCAGACAAAAAUUUUUUCCUGAAGAAAAAAAAAAAAAUCAAACCUCCUGAAAAAAAAACUUUUUUUUUUUUUUAAUGAAUUAUUCUGUGAUAUAAAGAAAUAUAAGUUCUCUUCUACUGGGGGAAAGCAAUAAAUGAAAACAUUAGGAACAACUUAAUAUCUCUUAUCAUCAAAAAGAAUGGAAUCAAAGACAGCUGAAGCUGAUAUUGUUAAUCUAAUACAAGACACAGAUUGGACUAGGUUAAGAACUAUGCUACUUCAAGUUUUAUAUAGACAAAACUAUUCAUACCAUACCUGAAUGGCCUGAAUGUUUUUUGUUUUUUUCCUUUCACACAAAAUUCCAGUGCUUUUUGCACUACUUGUUCAUUCUCUUCUGGGUAAACUGAAGAAGUGCAGUAAACAAUAGAUUGUACUUGAACUACAAAAGAAAAUUUUAAGAGACUUCAAUGUUAAAAUCCUUGAAACACAGUGGUUUAGUAAGGACUAAAACCAGUAUGAAAAUUAUGCUUGUAUGCUAUUUUUACCAAUAAACUACGCUCUCCUGCAUGUGAGCUUUUUAACAAUUGAAAUCUUUUCAAAUACUGGCAGAUUUCAGCACAAAUUCAGGACUGUCUUUUCACACAUCUGCUAAACAAAAGGCAGAAGAAAGUGGCAGUUUGAAGAUAGACUACAUUUACAACUUAGCCAAAAUGAGCCUGACUCAGGCAGUUGUUUAUGCUGUUGUAUUAAUGGCUGGUGAAUAUCACGACACAAAGACCCUUGCUGGAAGAAAUCAUUAUUUGGAGGUUAAACAUUUACUGUUAACUCAUAGACUAAUCAGUGUAUCUUUAAUGAUAUAAAUCUGGUUGUAGUACAAUCAAAUUGACAGUAUAAGAAAAUCUUUUCAGGAACCUGCCUGCCAGCACACUUACAUUUCAUUGCAUGCAUCAACUCAUUCAGCUGCUUCUCAGCGAGAAUACAGAGCUUGUCCUUAGACACAGAUCCUUGGUAGAGGUCUUUCAGCAAUCCUGCAUCUAUAUACAAAGAGUUGUCAUUUAUUAACAUGGCUGCUCUUGGUCUUGUCUUAACAUUCAGUUUGCACAAAAAGCUUGGAUAACAGACCUAAUGGUCACUGGUACAGUGAGAAGGCAGGCCUUACGGAUUACGAUACCACGAGUGCCUAAGCAAUUCUUUCCUUGUCAAGUUUACCUCUAAUUGCUACUGCCUCUUCUUUGUUUCUGUUUAAUGAAAGCUGAACAAUGAGUAUUAUAAAUAGUCAUUAAAGGAGUGUGAUUAAUAAAAAAUCAUGUACUCGUA